GUGGCCCUUUGCAGGCUUUGCGUGUCGGCACAGUGCCCAAGGUUAGCACGCGUGUCUGUGACUAGUGCGGCGGUAGCCCCCUCGGCCUGCCGUCUGAAGGCACAGAUGCUGCUGCACGCCUGGGUGAGUUAUUCUGCAGAAGACUCGGCCCGCCCACAGAACCACCUUUGGACAGUCUGCAGCAUGUGUGAACUGUGUGCGGUGGUCAAACAGUGGGAUGUAUUUAGCUUCUGGGGGAGAUGACAAACUGAUUAUGGUGUGGAAGCGGGCUACGUACAUCGGGCCCAGCACCGUGCUCGGCUCCAGCGGCGAGCUGGCCAACGUGGAGCAGUGGCGAUGUGUGUCCAUCCUGCGGAGCCACUCAGGGGAACUCCCCACGUUCCGCUGUUUAUCCUGAUGAACUGAGUCACUACCUCCAUCAGUGGAUCACUCAGUCCGUGCUGUUCCACCCCCAGGGAGUUCACAUUCUUGUGAGAGAGACAGUCAACAAGCCACGAAAGACCCUGGAAGAUAAGUGCAGUUUUACUCAGAUUCCAAGGAGGGUCUCACUGAGAAGGUGGCUUCCUAGGGGAGACCACACGAAGACGUGAUGGACGUAGCGUGGUCGCCCCAUGACGCCUGGCUGGCCUCGUGCAGCGUGGACAACACCGUCGUCAUCUGGAAUGCUGUCAAGUUCCCAGAAAUUCUAGCUACUCUGAGAGGUCAUUCUGGCUUGGUGAAGGGGUUGACUUGGGACCCUGUCGGUAAAUACAUCGCCUCCCAAGCUGAUGACCGCAGCCUGAAGGUGUGGAGGACAUUGGACUGGCAGCUGGAGACCAGCAUCACCAAGCCCUUCGACGAGUGUGGAGGGACGACCCACGUGUUGCGGCUCAGCUGGUCACCUGACGGACAUUACCUGGUAUCCGCACACGCCAUGAACAACUCUGGCCCCACCGCCCAGAUCAUUGAGCGGGAGGGCUGGAAGACCAACAUGGACUUCGUCGGGCACCGGAAAGCUGUGACCGUCGUGAAAUUCAACCCAAAAAUCUUCAAGAAGAAGCAGAAGAACGGGAGCUCCGCAAAGCCCAGCUGUCCGUACUGCUGCUGUGCUGUGGGCAGCAAGGACCGUUCACUGUCUGUCUGGAGCUCCAUCCAGGGUCCCUGGGUCCAGGGUUUAAGGGAGCCGAGUGGACGUGGAGGGCUGCCUUCGUUUCGAUCACCUUUGCCGCCGCUUUCCUUCCAGCUCACGUGUCUGAAACGGCCUUUGGUUGUCAUCCACGAGCUGUUUGACAAGUCCAUCAUGGACAUUUCCUGGACGCUGAAUGGGCUAGGCAUCCUGGUGUGCUCUAUGGAUGGCUCCGUGGCAUUCCUGGAUUUCUCCCAGGACGAGCUGGGAGACCCCCUGAGCGAGGAGGAGAAGAGCCGCAUCCACCAGUCCACCUAUGGCAAGAGCUUGGCCAUCAUGGCUGAGGCGCAGCUUUCCACAGCCGUCAUUGAAAACCCCGAGAUGCUCCAGUACCAGCGGAGGCAGCAGCUGGGCCAGGGGGGCACAGCGGCCAGGGAGACAGGUGCCACGGCUGCGGUGGCUGGCGUUGUCAAUGGGGAGAGUCUGGAGGACAUCAGGAAGAAUCUCUUAAAGAAGCAAGUUGAGACUCGGACGGCAGACGGCCGGAGGAGAAUCACGCCCCUCUGCAUCGCACAGCUGGACACCGGGGACUUCUCCACGGCCUUCUUUAACAGCAUCCCGCUCUCGGGCUCCCUGGCGGGCACCAUGCUCACCUCCCAUAGUGGUCCGCAGCUGCUGCCACUGGACUCCAGCACCCCAGUCUCCUUCAGCGCCUCCAAGCCUCCCACAGAGCCUGUGGCAACAGCGGGCGCCAGGCCUGCGGGCGAUGCUGUCAGUAAGGACAGUGUGAACGCUACCUCGACUCCUGCUGCAUUGUCACCCUCUGUGCUCACCACCCCGUCCAAGAUCGAACCUAUGAAAGCCUUCGACUCUCGAUUCACAGAGCGGUCCAAAGCCACACCAGGUGCCCCCUCCCUGACCAGCAUGACUCCGACGGCUGUGGAAAGGUUGAAAGAGCAGGGCCUCGUGAAGGAGCCGAGGCCCCGGGACGUCCUGGAGAGCAGCAGUGACAGUGACGAGAAGGUCCCCGUGGCCAAGCCCUCCUCACUGUCCAAGCGGAAGCUGGAGCUCGAGGUGGAGACGGUGGAGAAGAAGAAGAAGGGGCGGCCUCGGAAGGACGCGCGGCUCAUGCCCAUGUCUCUGUCCGUCCAGUCCCCCGCUUCCCUGACCGCAGAGAAGGAUACCGUGUGUCUGUCGAUACCAGCGCCCACGCUGAAGCUGCCCAUGCCCGGCCCGCAGAGAGCAUUCACCCUCCAGGUAAGCUCUGACCCCUCCAUGUACAUCGAGGUGGAGAACGACGUGACGGCGGUCGGGGGACUGAAGCUGAGCCGCUUGAAGUGUAACCGGGAAGGGAAGGAGUGGGAGACGGUGCUCACCAGCCGGAUUCUCACCGCUGCUGGCAGUUGUGACGUGGUGUGUGUGGCCUGUGAAAAGAGGACGCUGUCCGUGUUCUCCGCUUGCGGUCGCCGCCUGCUCCCUCCCAUCCUCCUGCCGUCCCCGAUCUCCACUCUGCACUGCACCGGCUCCUACGUCAUGGCGCUCACUGCUGCGGCCACGCUGUCUGUCUGGGAUGUUCACAGGCAGGUGGUGGUGGUGAAGGAGGAGUCUCUGCACUCCAUCUUGGCAGGGAGUGAUAUGACGGUGUCACAGAUCUUGCUGACGCAGCACGGGAUCCCUGUGAUGAACCUGUCCGAUGGGAAGGCCUACUGCUUCAAUCCAUCACUGUCUACGUGGAACCUGGUUUCCGACAAGCAGGACUCCCUGGCCCAGUGUGCAGACUUCAGGAGCAGCCUGCACCCCCAGGACGCUAUGCUGUGCUCAGGACCCUUAGCCACAGUCCAGGGACGCGCCUCCACUUCGGGGCGGCAGGCGGCCCGACUCUUCUCUGUGCCUCAUGUGGUGCAGCAGGAGACCACCCUGGCCUACCUGGAGAGCCAGGUCGCCGCGGCGCUCACCCUGCAGUCCAGCCAUGAGUACCGCCACUGGCUUCUGCUCUAUGCACGGUACCUCGUGAACGAAGGGUUUGAAUACCGACUCCGAGAAAUAUGCAAGGACUUACUGGGUCCAGUUCACUGCUCCACUGGAAGCCAGUGGGAGUCCACAGUGGUGGGUCUGCGGAAGAGGGAGCUGCUGAAGGAGCUGCUGCCAGUCAUCGGACAGAACCUCCGCUUCCAGCGCCUGUUCACCGAGUGUCAGGAGCAGUUGGACAUCCUGAGGGACAAAUAGCCCGCCAGGGCCGCCCCAGUUGCCGCAGGGGCAGGACCACCCCUCCUCGUCGGGCUGCCGUGGGUGAGGAGAUACCGGCAGGAGGCAGGCUGUCCUGCACCGGUGCCACCCUGGGCCCUGGGCCCAUAGCUCCCUCUGCAGGCACAGCGCUGCCCGCGAUGCGGCUGCCUCCAGGAAGCAGUGCAUGGCUGGGGCUGGCGCUCUGCUCUGUGCCCCUGGGGCCCGUGAGGCGCUCCCAGCCUGCCCGCUCAGCAUGGCCUGGGGUGGCCGUGAGCCCCACCGGUGUUGGGUGCGUGCUGCUUCCGCUGUGACAAGUGAGCCAUCGUGAGGGCGAGAACCCUGGGACAGAGGCACACUGUGCGGUCAGCAAGCCCCCCGAGACCUAUGUAAGAGGAAAGGCUGUUCCAACACACGGACUAUUUUUGUACUAGAGUUUACUAACUUGUAAUAUGGAAUUUUCCUUUUGGCCAAUAAUCAGGAUUUCCCUAUAAGUCACUUGGACAUUGGUCACUUAUAGGAAAUUUAAACUCUAAUUAUGACAGCUACAUUGAAAAAUAAUUGUACUGAAAUUAACUUGUCUAUCUUCAUUUGCUUUUAAUUUUUAAAUGUUUGUAAAAAGAGACUGUUUUGGGGGGAUGGGGCAGAGGGUGGGCGAUUUCUUUUGUAAGUGUAAAAUAAAUGAACACGCAUUGGAUACCAAA